UCCACAGCAGGGAUAAAACUCCCAGACAGCAUUCCCAGCUAGGUCGCAGCUCCGGGAGCUAAGUGGGUUGUCCGGUUCCGGGACUCUCGCAUUGUCCAGACCCACCCAUCGUUGGACCCAUUCGCAGGAAGGCAUCAUGCCCCAGACCGUGGUCCUCCCAGGUCCUGCGCCCUGGGGCUUCAGACUUUCCGGGGGCAUAGACUUCAACCAGCCUUUGGUCAUCACCAGGAUCACUCCAGGAAGCAAGGCUGCAGCUGCCAACCUGUGUCCUGGAGAUGUCAUCCUGGCUAUCGAUGGCUUUGGCACGGAGUCCAUGUCGCAUGCUGAUGCGCAGGACAGGAUUAAAGCUGCAGCAUACCAGCUGUGUCUCAAGAUUGACAGGGCAGAAACUCGCCUAUGGUCUCCUCAGGUCUCUGAAGAUGGAAAAGCGCAUCCUUUUAAAAUCAACUUAGAAGCUGAGCCACAGGAUGUGAACUACUUUGAACAUAAGCACAAUAUUCGGCCCAAACCUUUCACAAUUCCAGGCCGAACCAGUGGCUGCAGCACUCCUUCCGGUAUUGACUGUGGCAGUGGACGUAGCACCCCUUCCUCCGUCAGUACUGUUAGUACGAUCUGCCCAGGUGACUUGAAAAUUGCUGCUAAGAUGGCCCCUAACAUUCCUUUGGAAAUGGAGCUUCCGGGCGUGAAGAUUGUACAUGCUCAGUUUAACACACCUAUGCAGUUGUACUCAGAUGACAAUAUUAUGGAAACACUUCAGGGUCAGGUUUCCACAGCUCUAGGGGAGACACCUUCCAUGAGUGAGCCCACGGCCUCAGUGCCCCCUCAGUCGGAUGUGUACCGCAUGCUGCAUGAUGGUCAGGAUGGACCAGCUCCUCCCCGCCAAUCGGGCUCCUUCAGGGUGCUCCAGGAGCUGGUGAGCGACGGGCCUGAUGACCGUCCCGCUGGAACUCGAAGCGUGAGGGCUCCAGUUACUAAAGUCCACGGCGGAGCUGGCAGUGCCCAGAGGAUGCCACUCUGUGACAAGUGUGGGAGCGGCAUUGUAGGUGCUGUUGUCAAGGCCCGGGAUAAGUACCGGCACCCCGAGUGUUUUGUGUGCGCUGACUGUAAUCUGAACCUCAAGCAGAAGGGCUACUUCUUCGUGGAGGGGGAGCUGUACUGUGAGACCCACGCGAGAGCCCGCACGAGGCCCCCUGAAGGCUACGACACAGUCACUCUGUACCCCAAAGCUUAGGUCCUUUGCAGACCAGAACACGCAUGCAC